CUGCGGCCGGCGGCUGCCUGCCGUGCGGAGCGGAGCGGAGGCCAGCCGCCCCGUCGGGGAGCGCCGCGCUCGCAUGGCCGCGCCGCGCCGCGCCGCCGCCGCCGCGGGGCCGGGGGGGGCCGCGGGAGGAGGAUGAGGCGGGCGGCGGGGCGGCGGCGGCGGCGGCGGCGCGGAGGAUGAAGUGGAGCGUGCGGGGAGCCUGCGCCGCGCUCUCCAGCUGCCUCCUGCUCGCCUGCGCCCUCAGCGCCGCCGCCGUGGGCCUCAAGUGCUUCUCGCUGGGCUCCGAGCUCAAGGGCGAGCCCUUCCGCCUGGGCACCGCCGCCGGCGCCUUCUACUCGGGGCUGCUGCUGGCCGCCGGCCUCUCGCUGCUCGCCGCUGCGCUGCUCUGCUGCCGCCCGCCCGACGAGGCGCCCGCGGCGCCGGCGCUGGCCCCGGCCCCGGCCCCGGCCUCGGCCCUGGCCCCGGCCGGGGACCCGGACCCGGCGGGCGGCGGCCCCGGCGCGGGGGAGGCGGCGGCCACGCCGUCGGGGCCGGUGGAGAAGACGCCGCCCGGGGGGCGGCAGAACUUCCUGCUGCUGGGGGUGCUGGUGUUCAUGCUGGGCGUGCUGAGCGCCUUCGCCGGCGCCGUCAUCGACGGCGACACCGUGUCGCUGGUGGAGAGGAAGUACUCGCACUACUGCCUACUGCAGCCCGGCGGCGCGGCCCGCCCGCGGAGCGGCCCCGCGGCCCCCGACGGCUCCGCCGCGGCGCUCCGCUGCCAGAAGCUGCGGGACUACCAGCGCGGCUUGGUGCUCUCCACCGUCUUCAACGCGUUGGAGUGCCUCCUGGGCCUGCUCAACCUGCUCCUCGUCAAGAACUACAAGGCCUCGCAGCAGCGCGGGCGGCGGCGGCGGCGGAGGCGAGCGGCCCCGGCGGCGGCGGCGGCAGCGGGCGGGAGGCGGCGGCGGCGGCGGGGCGGCGGCGGCGGGCGACGGGCGCCGCGCCACAGCCAGGGCUCCCUCUUCUCCGGUGGCGAGCCCGAGCUCAGCCCCGGGGAUUGCCCCUUCCAGGCCGUCUCCUACAUCAACGUGGGCGUCUUCCACGUCUUCGACGAGGCCGGCGUGGAGGUGCACUGCGGCGGGCAUCCCUCCGUCGAGCUGCCCGGCUACUCGCCAAUGGACCCCGAGCUCAAUGCCUCAUACCCCUACUGCUACCCGCUGCCCAGCGAGCAGCCCCCAGCCUACGAGGAGAUCUACCCCGGGGAGCCCUGCGCUCACGGGACCUAGCGCCGACCGCCGGGGGGGCGCCUGGCUCCCCGCUCGGCCCCCGGCUCGCCGGGACAGCGGGACGGGGACCGGCGGCGGGAGCGGAACCGGCCGCCGGAGCGGGAGCGGGACCGGCAGCGCCUGGCGGCCGCGGGGCUCGGGAACAGCCCUCGGACCACCGGUGGGAUGGCCCCGCAGCCGCUGGCCGCGGGCAGGGUGCCGCCGUGCCUCUGGCUCUGCGGAAGCUUCUCGUCCCUCCCUCCCUACCUCCUUUCCUGCUUUCCCCUUCCUUCCCUCCCUUCCCUCCCUCACACCGACCCUCCGUCCGUCUGUCCGUCCCUCCGCCGGCGGCUGAAAUUUCCAAAGGCUGCGCAAGAAACGCCUAAGGGUUGGUUCCUCCCGCCGCCUUUCCUUCGUAGCCAAGUUUAGUUCCCUUCAAGUGAUUCAUCAGUCUCCAGCUUUAGCAGUCCAGAGUUACCCAUUUAUGAUAACCAGCCAGUGUAAGGAAAAGGUGUCAUGAAGCUUCUUUACCUCUCAAAAGAGCUAAAUUUCUAAACAACGCAGAGACAUUUGUGUCACGUUUACUAGAGGUGUUAUUGGGGAUCUUUAACGUUUACACUACUCCUUGGGAGAAUUGAGUUGUUUUAAGAUUUAGUGAGUUAAAACAUUCGUUGGUCUUGUAAGAUGCACAUUGAGAAAAACCUGCACUUUGAAAAAGAAACAGGAAAAAAAAAUCAACAACGUUUUUGUACACUAACGUGCCUGCUUUUGUUGAUAACUUCUUACUGUAAAAGCUUUCAGAAGUCUAUAGUGAAAAUGUUUGGUAAAUUCACUGCAGUUUAAAAUUGAUUAGUUCCUUUACUAAAACAACUGAGAUGUUGCUAGGAUAUGGCAGUUAAAAGGAAGUCCAAAUGUCAUACACAUUCCUUUUUGUAAACAGGUUCUGUGUUUUUAAUGCAAGGCAGGAUUUCUUUUUGUUUUACACAGGUGAAGGGUUUAAUUCUAUUUUGUACAACUUCAUAGUUUACUUUGUAAAGAGUUCCAUUUUACCUGUUACAAUUCAUCAAUCUGGUAAGCUUGAAUAUUAAAGUUUUAUUUGAAAUAUA